AAUACCCUUGUCAAAUCCAAAAUAAAAAUAAUAUGGUAACUUUGUUAUUAAUUAACCGAAUAUUUGAAAAAGUGCUGUUUUCUGAAUAAAAUUCUUCAAAAAAACUGAAAUGAUAUUAAAAAACUUGUCAAGCCUGUCUAUGAGCGUCCUUCGAAAUUUCUUUUAAGUGGUCGUAAGCGUUAAAACGCCCUAAUGCAAAUGUAUCUCCAUAUAUGUGACUAAAUAAAAUAUUAGUGCACAGAAUACAAAUUAAUAGUAAUAAUUGAGCCGCACCCAAGAAUAUCCCACAGAAAAAAAAUCAUGCCCUAAGUCAUGGAGUCAUUUAUAGAAACAGCGGUGAGAAUAUGCCCCAUUGUUGAGGACAAACAAGACCUGGUAUGCCUAGAAAACGAUAGCUUAAGUAACACAGUAAAAAUCCUUAAUUCACAUUCUUACCCAGUGAACAACGCUUUGCCCUUAAACUGCUCACAAGCCUCUGUAUUCAAUAAUGUAGUCGAGCCACUCAUACCAUUUUUCCUUGAGGGCUGUGAUGUUAGUGUGGUAACUUUGGGUCAAUACCAGACUGGCAAGACCUAUACACUAUAUGGGCCAGGGUUGAAUUACACUGCUAGUGAAUCAGAUCAAGGUGUAGUGCCAAGAUUCUUAAGGGAGAUUUUUUUAAGAUUAAAGGCAACCACUGAGAAAGAGAAAUCUUGGUCAGUGCAUUUAAGUUGGUCACAUAUCAGUGGGGACUCUAUACAGGAUCUGUUAGGGAGUGGCAGUGUUGAAAUUGAGGAUAUUUUGGAGGCAUUUCAGGUGAUACAUUUGGGCUUGACAGGAUUGGGAAAGGUUGGAAGUCAUUCUUUAUUGACAGUAACAUUGGAACAGCAAGUUUUUGUUGAUAAUGUUGUGCACCAUCGGGUUUCUACUGCUAGUUUUGCUGAUCUCUCGGGUUGUGAAAAAUUCUUCACCCAAAAUCCCCAGGGGCACAUUGAGACCCUCCUAAAAGACUCGGGCCUCCAAACACUCCAUAACUGCAUUACUUGCCUCUCAAACCCUUACUAUUCCACUCAAACCCCUUAUGGAGACUCAGUAUUAACUACCCUACUCAGAGACUCCUUCGGAGGCAGAGCAAAAACUGUUCUCCUCUGCUGCAUCUCGCCAUGGCUUCAAGACUUAAGAGAAACCGUUUAUACACUUUCUCUAGCCUCCAGGGCUCAACUGAUCAAAAACUUAGUAACAGUAAACACAUAUGUAACUGCUCAGAACAAUGGCGCAGAACAACUUGACGUUUUUGGCCUUCAGUUCGCUGUUAACCAAUUGUUGAAGCUGGUGGUGAAUGCGGAAGAACUGUUUCAGAAGCUGUUAGCUGUUGGAACUUUAAAGAAGACAGAGUUGCAGCUGAUUUCCCAGUGGUUGUUGUUAAAGCAGGAGUGUGAAGAGUGUCUGAGUGAAACCUCUGAGCCACAUAGGAGUUUGGAGCGGAUCGAGGAGGAGGAUGUGGAAGGGUUUUCCGAGGAGGAAGAGGAGGAUGAUAGUUCAGAGGUGGAGGAGGAAUUAACUGAGGAUGAAGAGGGGCAGUGCAGGCUAGAACACCUUAUAAACCAGUUUCAACAAGAAACUGAUAAUUUAGUAAGUAGGCGUAACAGGGCGGAUAACAAAUCUGUGAACACUUUAGCUAAAAGUGUUGAUAAUUCCACAAGUUCAGCACACCAUAAAGGUAGGAGAGGCAGCAUUUACUCUUUUGAAGAAUUACAACAGAGGCAAGACUCCUCUUUACAAAAGUCCGGUUUAAGCAGUGAGGAUGAUAUCUUAUUGACCGAAGAACCCAAGACAUAUGAAUCAAGGCAAAGGGCUAUAAAGCAGCUCAAUUUGACCAUCAAGGGCCUGGAAAAAGAAAUAACCGACAUAAACGAGUCGAUAAAAAUAAAGGAGACUCUGAUCCAACAACUCGAGAAGCGCAUAAACAACAACAAAAUCCAACAAAAAUGCCACAAAUUAAAAAAGGACGCGAAGAGUCUCCAAGAAAAAAUUAAUUUCGCCCGCAAAAACCACAACAGUCUGAUCGAAACCAAACACCAAGAAGAACUGGAAGAGGUGGAAAACAAACUGACAAUCGCUCAAAACUUAAAAGAAAUCUCCGAGGAAGAUAACAAUCGGCAACUAAAAGAGCUCAAGGAGAGCCUGUACAACUCCAAGCGACAACUGGAGAAACUCACGAAGCUCAAAAAGCGCAAACUGAAAAAGAAAAACUCCUACGAGUCAGAAAAGUGCAGCUUCGACGAGACUAAGGCGAUCGUCCCGUUAAAAUUAUCCGCCUCCGAUCCGUUGAGCUCGGAAAACUUGGAAAAGUGCCGGCACGAGAUCAGAAAUCUGAGAAAAACGCGGGAGUUUCUCAUGGAGCAGCGCCACCAUCAGGUGGAUCGGAACAAGAAAAUCCCCAGCGAACCGGAGGAGAAGAAGCUGCUCCAGUACGAGGAGGCGAUCGAAACGAUCGAUUUGGCCAUCGAGUAUAAGAACGAACUAAUGUGCGGACACGGAACCGUUUUUCAAAAGAAUUGCGACAGCAGCAAGGAAAUUGGUGAGAUCAUGUUGCUGGAUCGGUUGAUGCAGCUGAGCGAGACUGAACUGAGGAUGUUGCUGUACCGAUAUUUUCAACGGAUAAUCGAGCUGCGGUACAGCGGCAAAAAACUCGAAAGACAAAUAAUCGAAUACGAGACCCAAAACGAGCAUCUGAUCGAUCGAAUUCAGAAUCUGAGUCGCAGUUUGCAGCAGGUGCGGUUGGACGGUGAGCGUCGCAUGGUAAAUCUCCAGCAGGAGAACCAGGACCGGAUCCAUCUGGUGUUGCGUCAUCUCGACGGCGGUAAAGAUGCCGCUCGCGGAGGCAAUAACGAUAGGAAUAUUAGCAUAUUUGGUAAACAAGCUGCUAUUCCAAGACCGGUCGGUCGUAAAAUGGACAAGAGCAGCCUGAUCACCCGCAUAACGCGGAUCGCAAGGACCGAAAUCGUUCCCAGGCAACUUCAGAACGUUUUUCCGUCGUCCCAGGCGAAAAUCACCAGGCAGAAGAAUAAAUUGUUUAUUCAGCAAACCGCUAGUAGCAAUCAGUAAGCUAAUAAUUUAUUUAAACUCAUAAUACUCAAUAAAUCCCGUUAAUAGUAAGUAAA